CAACCGACAACCCGCUGCAACAGAGAGCGAUGGCCGCGGCCGUGGGGAAGAUCGAGGUCGAGGACGAAGAGAGCAUCCUCCGCCAGGACGACGACGACCAUGGCUUCAUAACCGCCAAGACAUACAUGUCGACGUCCGCCUCAUGCUCACCGAUGGACGGCCUCUCGCCCAAAUCGGACUCGCCCGAGGUCGACCAGGCGCCAACCUUACCCCAUGUGCUCGACGUGGCGAGCCGCAUGCAGCCGUUCCUACGGCACGUCCGGUACGAAUCCAAGGGACCUCUCUUUCUGGACCUGAGCUCCCGUCCACCACCUCAUCUCGGCGCCGUCAUCAAGUCGUUUCGGCCCACGAGUCAUGGCGGCAAGAGCGAAGCCGAGAGGUCCGGGCUCGUCGCCGUCGGGGACAUGGUCAUUUCGCUCAACGCGAUCGACUGCACGCAACUCCCGUUUGGCCAGAUCAUCAAGGAGGCGACGAACGCCAGUUUCCCGCUCACACUGACCAUUUUACCGAAAGCGCACGUUCCCGACUUCUUCCCGACCGCUUCGCACAUCGACACGAGCAAGCACCGACGUAAUAGCUCGCUCGGCGACCUCCCGUCCAUGCCGUCGACACCGCCCGCUGGUGGCAGCUGGGCCGCCGCCGUUGGCACCAAGUUUGGUCAGAUCUUUGAUGGCCGCACAAAGCGGGCGUCGUUCGGCAACGAUCCACUCGCAAAGCCGACCCACGAGAGCCCACGCCAUGCGUCCUUCACCGAGUCACCAAGUGGACCCGCUACAAGUGUUUCGUGGACGUCGCCUCCGCCACAGCCGACGGGGCAGCCACCGUCGCCGCCCCUCCAGGUGGACAGCAACUUUCAAACCAAAUUCCGGACCUGGCAAGACUCGAUUUCGCUGGAAAAAGUGAGCCGAACGUCCACGACGCUCCUCUCCAAGAUGCUCCCGGGCAAGCGCCCGGACGAACGAGAUGAAGCGCUCUCGAGCCUCGUUCGUGGGAUCUCGAUCCAGCCCGAGACCGCAACCCCGGAUGCAAGCGUCUACCACACCACGUUGUUGCGCGUCGUCGCCGCCUCCCGCGUGCUUUCGCCCCACGAAGACGAAGGCGACGUUCUCUUCCAGUGGUACCGGUCGACGUCGCCCACCGAGUGUUUGAUUCUUCGCGGUGCGACGCACGAGCGCUACGAGCCGUCGCUGGACGAUGCCGAGGCGCUGCUGUACGUGCAAUGCCACGGCCAGCCGCGUCACGACGGCGCGUCACCGACGCGCGGCAAGGUUGCCGUCUAUGGCCCUAUCGUCCUCGACCCCUCGAUCAAGGAGACGGUGCAAAUGGUCGUCGAAGCUGGCUCGGGCUCCUUCUCGGCGACGUUGGCACACUCGGACACGGACAACAGCUUUCAACUCAAACUCAACCGAAAUGGCCUCACGCUUCUCAAAAUUGCCGAAGACGAGUGCGGCGUCGUCGUGCAAGCCGACUACUCGGUCGAGACGCACAUCUAUCUGGACGCGGCAGACGCCCUAAGCUUUGUGCUGCGCUUCCAAGCCGGAGGCGACGUGAUCGGUACACGCCCCAACGAGUUGUGCGCGUUGGACAUGGCGCACGUCGGCGCGAUCCACCUCGUGGCGCAGACACCAGCGUCGCGCGAUAUCAUUGCCCUGGCGCUGCGCACGUUCCGCAAUGCGCUGCUGUCGACGGAGGCGGUCGCGUCGGUGCGGGCAACGGAAGCUCAUUUUGCAGGCUCGCCGAUGGAAAAGACUGUUCUUGAACAUCUCAUGGACGACGACGCUGAAGACGCAACGACCGAGUGUCAUGACCCCGUGGUCAAGCCGACUCUCAAGCGCAGUGCGUCGACCAAGGCCGUCGAUGACGCGGCGGUCAUCGCCGACCUCCGCCGACAAGUCGCGUCGCAAGCGCUUGUGAUCAAGGCCACGCAAAACGAGCGCAACUUGAUGGCGAUCGCGGUCGAGGUCCGAGACCGCAAGCUCGACGAAGCCAAAGCCGAGUCCACGCAGCUGCACAGUCGACUCGAGUCACUCGUCUCGGAGCUCUCGGCGGCUAAAAUAGCCAACGAGCGCAGCAAAAAGUUGGAAGCUACCACGCAGAGUCUCCGGGAGCUAAUGCGUGCGCUGGAAGCCAAGAAAAGCGCCGCCGACGUCGCGCUCGCUGCGGCCCACGACACUAUACGUCAGCUGGAAAAGCAGCUCCAAUGCGCCGACACGGAUGCGCGCAAGGUGCGCGCGGACUUGGUCGAGUUGCAGCAGCAGCACAUGAAGCUCACCGAAGAGCGCAACGGGCUCAAGGCCAAAGCCACGGGUCUCGCGAACGAACUCAAGCGGCUCGUCAAGGGCGGGCGGUCGAUUGCUGACAUUGAGGCGCAGCUCAAGGACCGAUCUCGGCUGCAAGUCGAGCUCUCGGUAGCCAAGGCCAAUAUCAAGCGGUAUCAGGACGAAGCGACUGAGUUUGAAGAUGCGCUCCAGUCGCAGACCAAGCGCCGGGGGCUUGGCGAUGCGGACAUGACCCGUGUCCAGAGCCAGAACGCCGAGCUGCAGCGGCUCGUGACGCAGUUCUCGACGUCGCUGAGUGAAAAGGAAGCUGAGAUUGCGCGCCUCCAGCGAGCCAACCACAUGCUUCUGAGCAAACUGCCGACGCCCACCAAGCUCCAGCUCCAGCUGCAGAAAUCCACGUCAUUUCAGAUGCAGCAACAACUGGUCUUUCACGACGAUGACGAAGAAGACGACAGCGAGGACGAAGAAGACGACAGCGAGGACAAGGAUGACGAGGAUGGCGAAGACGAUGCCUAA